CGUUCACUACUGCGUCUUGAGCACGUCGUCAAUGGCAUCGACGGAGCCAACACACGAAACAGCCAUCAACCCUGAGCUCUUCAACCAAGAACACCAGAAAGAUCAAGAUACCUCAGAUGCCCAAGCUCAAAUAAUCGCAUCCCUCCGUUCCCAAGUCACCGAUCUCUUCUCGCAAGUCACCCAGCUCAACGGCAAGCUCGUCAAGUCCUACGACCGCGUCUCCGACCUCGAAGAUCAGCUACACGACUGUGAGAGCUCUCUGCGAAAUGCGAGUAUCACUGUCUCAUCGCUCGAGCUUGAGCGCACCCACCAUCUCGCUGCGCUCGAUACAGGGCUGCUCGUCGAGAAAGAGCAUGUCACUGCUGAGCUGAACAGGCUUAUGGAACGUGCGACGGAAGAAGCUGCGCAGCGUGGGCAAGCAGAGACAGCCAGGAGUGAUAUUGAGAAAGAACUCGAUGAUCUUAGUGCAUCGCUGUUUCACCAGGCGAACACGAUGGUCGCAGAAGCACGAUUGGCGCGGGCUAAGAGCGAACGCAAGGUGCGCGAGGCGGAGGAGGCGCUCAAGGGAGCUGAGGAAGCUGUCAAAGUGAUGCAGACUCAAAUGCAGACUAUGCAGGCUGAUAAAGAGGGUGCUGAGCGUCAGGCGGAGGAGGCGCGACUCAGUAUGGGAAAGGGCAAGUGGGUCGAGCGGGAUGCGCAUCUGGCUCAGCAGUAUCCAGGAGAUGUACGGAAAAUGCGUUUAGUGACCGUGCAUGUCCCCUAUGCAGAGUUCAUUGCGUUUGUUACGCACCUUCGGGGACUAAGGGUUUCACAGGUUACUUCGCCUGUUAUCUCCACACUUCUGGGUCUACCCUUCCUCGCACGGUUGCUCACGGAGGAUUCAGAACCGACCGUUCGGCUUGACCUGGCCCCUUCAUUAAACUGGCUCUCCCGACGGAACGUUCUAACAGCGAUCCACACAGGGAUGCUCAUUGUCGAACCAGUGCCAUUCUCAUCACUUGUGCAGGAGCUGUAUCCCCACUCCCAAACGAACACACCCGUUUCCAUUUCAUGUGCUCUUUGCGGGACGGCCAUAGUGCGCGCCCAAUCGCACGAAACACCUCCAAGCCACCCACUCGCGUCCCUUGCACGCAGCCGCAACAAUGUCCGCCUCACGAAUGGCAACCUUUGGUUCAAGAAUUCACUUUUUAAUUCCUCAUCAAGUCAUGUGGAACAUGACGCAGAUAUCGAGCAGCCUGAGCAAGUGUACGUAUUCCGUCAGGCACCUGCCACCCCUGCCCCAGCUAUCGCGCCUGCCUCUCUACCACUGCACACUUCUUCGUCUUCCACCUCGACGCUUUCCGUAUCCAAGCCACCAGCACACCCCACGGGGGCAACCCGCACAAGCUCUACUCAAAUGCAACAGCCCUAUCCGUUAUGCACAUCUAAUUACUGUCUCCUGCGCCUCCGGAGUACGUGUUCCCUGUGGGCUUUUGUCCGCACAUGCAUCGUGGAGCGUAUAUGGGAGGAGGAGCCCGUUAUACCCAAUAAGAAGCCCGUGAUUUCGGGUGGCAAUGGGACAGAGAAUACCCAAGAGUCGAAUAAAAGGAACUUUUCGCCAGCUGCAAGUGCAUUUACGCUCCCUGUGGGUGAGAAGCCGCCUGUGCCUCCUCGGCGCAGGCGGCUUUGGGAAAUGGCGAGUGCAUUUGGGGAGAGGGCUGCUGGUUGGACUGAAAAUAAGGACAAGGAGAAAGAUAAGGACAAGGACAAGGACAAGGAAACAGACAAGGACGAGGAAACGGUUAAGAAAAUUGCGAGGAAACUUCCGCCACCGCCACCUACCCUCCCUUCCGUUUCCCAUCUACCGGUCCAAGCACCCCCUCCCCUCCCCAAAAGGAGCGAAGGGCGUGGCCAUUCGAUCGACACUCGCCCUGCCGUUUCAAACGAUACUGACAAAAAAGCCGGUUCCGAAGCUGGGACAUCUCAAGAAUCGUUCACCACCCCCGUUGAUGAGAUGUCCUCCUCUCGCCCGUUUUCCGUAGAUAUGUCUUCUCCACAAAAAACAACACAGCCUGAAGCCCCGGCUUCACAGCCAGAACGCCCUCCCUCCCCACACACCAUUCCCCUGCCAGAGACACCCACGUCACCUGCGUUCCGUGCUACAUCGCCACCUCCGCGCCCACGUUCUCGUGUGGCUUCUCCAGCUCCCUUACCUUCACGCAUAUCUUCGCCGAUACCUCAUCGCGUCAGUACACCUAUUGCUCCGAGUCGAUCGAGAGCCGGCUCACCAGCUCCCCCACGCACGGGCUCUCCAUUUACGUCUUCCAGGGCUGCUUCGCCUGUACCAAAUGGUGCUCCACCCGUCCCCAAGCGCGCUCCUGCACGAAGGGCAGUUCCCGUGCCCCCUACUGCUUCACAGACCGAAGCAAAGGAAGGAAUUCCGAUGCCUUCGACUGAAGUUAGUAAAGAUGAGGCCCCAUCGAAAGUUGAUACGCCUGUCACAGAGAAGGAAGAAGAACACAAACCAUCUCCUCCCCCUGAACGGAAGGUUGUGAUGGGUGAGGACGUUGUAGAGCCCUUGACGACCAAGCAUAACAUCGCCGAAACCCCCAACCCCUUACCUGAUGCGAAUAUGAACAUAGAUCCGUUCCCCGAGAAGCGAGCGUCCGUGGAUGUUUCUCCCCACACCGUACAAGCCACUGUUGUCGACCCAUCCUCCGAAGCUAGCCAAACCAGGCGUGCAUCCCAAGAUUCCAGCACACACGGUAAAUCUAUUGACACAAGUAGUACAAAACGUUCUUCUACUAUCGACGAGGAAGGUUACGCCGGUGAUGCGACAUGGGAGGAUCGUACGUGGAAAGAAAUCGUACGUUUGAAAGAAGACAUGUUUUGGGCGCGCGUUGGGGGCGUGCGGUAAAGCUUAGUAAGUAUGAUGGUGUGCUCGCUGCCACUCAUUUCAUGGUAGGAUAUAUUUUGUAUAUAUACCACAUGUGCAGAUAUAUGCAUUGUCGUCUGGCCUUGUUGUCGAAUUUUUACAUCUCAUCAUGCUGUCAUGACGCUAUUGUAGGAGACAUUCCCAAGUACCUUCACA